GUUAAUUGCUAAAAACUACAAAUAUUUAUAAAUUUUUAACUACCAAAAAAUAACAAUGAAAUUCAUAACAUUUUGUUUUAUAAUUAUUACCACUUUUGGUGGUAUUGUAUGGACACAGAAACGACACGAUAGAGACUUCUUGUACAAAGAGUUCAAAGAUAAGACACAAUAUAUGAAUGAUAUUAAGAGUUGGAGACAACAAUUGAGACAACAGUUUAUUAAUAAUUUAUUAUCACUUCCGGAUGACAUCAAAAAGUCAAUUAUCGAAAGAGCAGAUAAGGAACUGAUUGAGAAAUGGGAGCCAUUGUUAGUCAUGGAGUUCUUGGAGUUUAAAAUUAAUGGCAAUCGUAAUCAUUAUGAAGGAAAAGAUUUUUAUAGACGAGACAAACUCAUGGAUUUUAUUUUGGCUGAAUUGUUGACACAAAAUGGUAAAUAUAUGAAUCAGAUUGCAAAUGGAUUGUGGCUUAUACUGGAAGAGAGCACCUGGACGUGGCCGGCGCACCUCAGUAUGCAAAAGGCCGGCGAAGGUCUACCUGAUCCCAAACAGUAUGUCAUUGAUUUGGGUGCCGGAGAGUCAUCAGCUUAUAUAUCAUGGGUUCGCCUAUUACUUGGUGAACAGUUGACCAAAAUGUCGCCAAUGUUUCUGAAACGCAUUGACUAUGAACUGGACAGACGUAUUGUCUAUGAGUUUCUGCACACAGACUUCAAGAAGUGGAUGGGUUUUGAGGGUCAACGGGUCGGCAAUUGGAACAUUUGGAUCAAUACUAAUAUGUUGAUGACUGGCCUGUUGUCUGUCAACGAUACACUGGUGUUGGAUGUCGUCAAACGGGCGGUGACCAGUGCCGACAAUUGGCUCGAUUGGUACGGAGAGGACGGCGGUUGCGAUGAAGGUCCCAGCUAUUGGUACGAAGCGGGCGGACGUUUCAUACAGUUUUUGUUUUACAUGUCGUCGGCCAGUAGACAUCACAUGGACUGGUCAUCAAAACCUAUAGUCAAAAGUAUCGGUGAUUAUAUCUAUAAAAUGCAUAUUGAUAAAGACUAUUUUGUCAACUUUGCCGACGCAUCGGCCAAACAAGUGCCCGAUCCGACACUGGUCUACAAUUAUGGACAACUGUUCAACAGUUCAAUACUAAAACAGUUUGCAUCUUAUUUGUAUGCAUUGAAUGGUGGCGACAAGUUUAUGUUAGGCCAUCAAUUGCACGAGUAUUUUAUAAAAUUGGACGCUUAUCCACAUCUUAAAGUCGAGUCACCGAAAGCUCCCCAACCAAUAGAGUCAUGGCUGCCUGAUCUACAAGUUAUCACAUUGAGGACUCUGGAGGGUUCAGCUAAGGGACUGUUUUUGGGUGCAAAAGCCGGUAAUAAUGGUGAAUUUCAUAAUCACAACGACGUCGGAAACUUUGUUAUCUAUGUAAACGGUUUGCCGGCCAUUAUAGACAUCGGUGUCGGUGUCUAUACAAAAGAUUCGUUUGGAAAGCACAGGUAUGAAAACUGGAACUUACAAUCCCAGUGGCACAAUACGCCCACUAUUAAUGGUGUUCAACAAAAAGAUGGCCAGUCUUUUGCUUCUCGUAAUGUUACUUAUAGUAAAACAGCCGAUGAUCUACCAGUGUUUAUGGCCGAUAUAGCCGGUGCCUAUCCUACCGGAGCGCACGUCAGGAGUUGGAUCCGUAAACUUGUGUUUAACAGAAAGUCAAAUACCGUAACAAUUGACGAAAGUUAUAAACUCGAUAAGUUUAUCCAACCAUUUAAAGUACAUUUCAUUACAAUAUUAAAUAUCACCCAAAAUGAUGGUCAGGUGUUGCUUAAGGAUAAGGAUGUGAGACUUGAGCUCAACUAUGAACACAAUUUGUUUGACGUUGUGGUGGAUCAGCAUAAGACUAAUGAUACCAAAUUGCAUCAAAUGUGGGGCAAUAGUGUCAAUAGGGUUACACUGGUGUCCAAAAUUGUCGAUAAACUUGAAGGAAAUUAUUCAAUAGUUUUUAAAAUAUAA